UCAGCCUUUAACUUGUAGCUUGGGAAGUCCCGAAAAGCGCGCUAGCUCCUCGUCAUUAAGCGCCUCUGUGGCGAUUAAGGAGUGAGAAAGGCCAGUCUAAGGUCAGGUCGUGUGGAGUGUGCGGUGUGUGCAGUGUGUGAGGUUCGCCAUGCCACAGGACGAUGGUUUAAUGCCGAGCCGCAGCAGCGCUGAGGAGUUUCUUCCUCCUGAUGGACUCUGCUGGAUCUCUGUACUGUCCUGUUUACUGCUCGCAUGCUCAUAUGUUGGAAGUUUAUACGUCUGGAAAAGUGACUUACCAAGGGACCAUCCGUCAGUGAUAAAGAGGCGUUUCACUAGUGUGCUGAUUGUGUCAGCAUUGUCUCCACUCUUUGUCUGGGGAUGGAAAGGGUUCACAGGCAUUCAGACGACUCCACCCUUACUAUCUCUCAUGGGAAUCCGGUUUGAGGGUCUCGUUCCAGCUGUCAUUCUUCCCCUCAUACUGACCAUGGUACUGUUUCUGGGUCCUCUUAUCCAGCUGGCCAUGGAUUGCCCCUGGGGCUGUAUUGAUGGAAUCAAAGUGGCUGUUGAUCCACGCUUCUGGGCGCUGUGUUUAAGCGACAUGCGCUGGCUGAGGAACCAGGUGGUGGCACCUUUAACGGAGGAGCUGGUGUUCCGCGCUUGUAUGCUACCAAUGCUGGUGCCUUGUGCUGGACCCACCACCGCCAUCUUCACAUGCCCACUUUUCUUUGGUGUAGCACAUUUUCACCAUGUGAUUGAGCUCCUGCGCUUCAGACAAGGGACCAUCUCAGGAAUUUUUCUUUCUGCAGUGUUCCAGUUCUCAUACACAGCAGUAUUUGGAGCUUACACAGCCUUUAUAUUUCUCAGAACAGGUCACUUGGUAGGCCCUGUGCUGUGUCACUCCUUUUGUAACUACAUGGGUUUUCCUGCAUUGAGUUCAGCACUGGACCAUCCACAUCGCCUUACCGUUUUGUCCUUUUAUGUGCUGGGAGUGUUGCUCUUCCUGCUUCUCCUCUUCCCCUUGACCGACCCGCUUUUCUAUGGCUGGCCCACACCCGUCUGCACUCUUGCCUCCUCACUCGGCUCCCUCUGCUCCUAACUGUCCACAUUCCGCAUCGUUCUGCUCUCCUACAGGACCUGUGAUCUUUUGAACCUAAGAGUGACCAGGAUGUGUGUUGUAAUGAGGAUUACAAUGGUCUCAUUGGCGGAACAAAAAAAGGUAUGAAAACUCCCACAUGUUGGACAAGUCUGCGUGUUCACCAGAUCACCAGAACACCUCUUCCUACAUGGAUUGGGCCAAUAAAGUCAAUAAGUCAGACUCUGGAAGAGUUAAGAGAAGACGGGUAUUUAUACAUUGCUGCAUGUUCAUUGCAUUUAUAUGAUAAUAUAUUUGAAUUUGGGUUUACUUGGACGUAGUGGUUUUAUUAUUUUAUUGUUCCACUGAGAAAGGUUCUACACUGUAUGUUGCAUCACCCACAUAAGGAGUGGAUGACUUCCUUGUUGUUUUUGAAAUCUCCUUGCUCAAAUUAACAUAAGCUGCUUUGUCCAGUGCUAGAACUUGAAGAACAAUGUUUAGGUCUAUCCUGAAACUUUUUUUUUAACUCGAAUGUUUUAAAAUAACCCAAACAGCUCAUUAAGACGAGAAUCACAUGGCUCAUUCGACUGUCACUUAAUAUUCGCAUAAGGGUUGAAAUUAGAAAAAUGAUUUUAAUAGUAUAGAAUAGCCUUAUAGCUUGAUAUACAGUAUGUGUAACUGACCUCAUGCCAGACAACUUGGCUCCUUUCAUUAUAGACUGAUGCAAAACAGGCCGCUGUGCAUAGAUUCAAAGCUACCUGUUUUUGUUAAUUCAGACAUUAAUAGAAAAUACCAGCUUUCUGGAUUAUGGCAGACCAUUUACUGUAUAUAUAGAGAAUUUUUCUAACAACGUAUAUGUGACCAGCGAAAUCACCAGUUACAUAUGCUUCCAUGGCGUCUGGAUAACUACUAGGAGAGGUGUGAAGCACCUCAAAACCUAUAUGUUUGCAUGGACACUCAUGCUAAGCCUUUCCAGCAAAAUCAUGAUACAGAUUUUGUACUUAAGGAGCUUUUCAUUGAGCUGGUGCUGAUUCGAAAUGAAGAACCCUAGCGGUUGUCUGGGUUUCAUGAAAUCACAGUUAUUAUACAUAUCUACAAUUCUAUUUCACCUCAUCUAUUAGCCAAGGGUGGUGUAAAACGCCUGGUAGCCAAUGCCAAUCCAUCUCUUAAUAAGGCAAAUGAAGGAGACACAUUGUUUUUUAAGGGCACAUCCUAUAGGAAUGGUCAUUAUUUUUAUACCAUGUAGUGGUAUCUGCUUGAGACCACACAGCUUCUACUAAGACAAGUUUUAUUUUUACAAUAACUAAUAAAUAUUGCCCGAGGAUUGAAUGGAUGAUGUCCAUUGGGUUUAUGGUGGAGUGAGGCCAAAGCAGUGGGCUAGUGCAGCUGACUGGGCUCUUGCUCUGCCAGGAAGAACCACAACCAACAUAGUGUUGAGGUAAAAUCAGCAAUGGGGGACCACCUGCACCUUGUCAGAACAUUCCUUUAUCUAAACUGUCAGUAUUGGGUGCACAUGUAUCUUGCAUAAAUGAGGUUAUUUGGGGACAUUUUAUGCAAGACUAAGAGAGCUGCUCAGCCCUCUGCCAGCCUUUUGGUUCAUACUGCUGACUAUUGCAACAUUUUUUGAAUGGGCCAGCAUAUGGCACUGUCUGAGAACCAGCAAGAUGAUUGUGAGGGCCAGAUGGAUCACAGUUCCAGGUGGUUGAUGUUUUAUGGCGGUGCACCAGGGGGCCAAAUGCCUUGUAGCUCCAGCAUGACAAUGCUUGAAUUACCUUCUCUGAGACAAGGAUAUGCCUAUCUAUGGUGAUUGUAUCUAACCCACUUAUUAAUACCAGUUAAUAAUACCUGUUGUUUCAUAAAGCAUGGGGAGAUCCUUGAUGUGGCUGCUGCUUUAGGUCUCUAGAUGUCCAAGUAAAGCAAAAAAGACUUUGAAGUGAACUGUCAUUGGAAGUGAAAUCUUAGUUCCAGCGAUGUGAACCAUUCCAGUUACUGCAUGGCAUGAAGGUGGUGGGUCUUUAUCAACUAGAGUGCCAUUAGUAUCCCAGUGACCCAGGCAUCAGGAUACACUGGUCUGAUGUUGGUGACAUUUUCAUCUAUGUAGCAUGCGAAUACCAGCCCCUGAAUUGCUGGUUAUACCUCACAAGACUCUUGAAGGUCUCUAAGGUUGGUGGAAAGCAGCAAAUUAAUUCAUAAGCUACCCAACAACCAAAAAAAAAACAACAAUCUGAAUAGAAGGGCACACGUUUCAUAAUCUUAAAGGAUUAUUUGUGUGGCAUGCAAAAGGAAGUGUUUCAAACCACCCUAAGAAGUUAGAGGAGAUAAAAUUAAAGCAGUUUAUGCACAAUUAAACUAACUGCUUUAAGAUGUAGUACAUAUGGAAAAGUAGACUUUACUGGUGUGAUGGUCAACCUUUUAAUAGCAACUUUAUUCUGGGUUUUCAUGCUCAAUCCAUCGAAAUAGAUUAUAAAUAACACAAUUCCACAUUACAAAUAAUAACAAAAUUAUUUUGUUUUAUGCCCUAUGACAUGUGCGGUCAGAGAUAAAAAAAAAAAAAAAAGCAGUUUUUUUUUUUUCUUUUAACUAAUGCAUAUAUUUUUUUUCAUUCUGGUGGAAUAAAAAUAGUCUUGUUGUUUCAUGCAUGACUGAAGACGCAGAAAGCUCGUGUAAGCAGUUCUUUAUUAUGAAAUGACAUUCUGACCACUACACUGCAUGCUGCUACACUGCUCGCCUGUGGAUUGUAAAGCUGUAUUGAAACCGAGAUGCAUCGUUUGAUAUUGGCAUGAAAUCGAUCUGGUGCAAAGACUGAUUAACUUGUCAUAUAUGGUUUGUAGCGCAGCAUGGAAUGAGGCAGUCUAGCAAAACACAUUUGUUCAGAUCAUAUCGGUAAUGCUGUUUGCUAUUAUGCCUACACUUUAAAUCUCACCUGGAGUCUUCAGUUAUUUAGUUUUUAUUCAAAAUGUAUUUGUUCACUUUUAACAUUCGCAUAGAACCGAAUCGUCGUCUGAACUUGCCCGUGUGUAUUGAAUUACUAGAAAUUCACCAAAAUGACUCAAAUAGGUGCUAUCAAUUUAUUAGGCUAUUAUUAUGCUGUGAAGUGUGUAAUUAUUGCUGUUGUCUAUGUCAAACUAUUCAAAUUGAACUUCUAGCAAUAAUAAUAGACCAAAUCAGGGAUUUACAUGUAGUUCAACUCCAUUUUCAGACAUUAAUUGCUACUGCUGAAUCAUUUUCACGAAAUGUGCCAUAGUUCAUUUGAUGAAUUAGUUAAUGCUUAGCUUGACAGGUUGAAAUUUUGCUAUAUGCAUCAUCCAGAACUGACAUGUUUACAUGUGGUGAAAAUCGCUUGCACAUGCUGCUCUGCAGUUUGCUGCACAAUUGCUUUUCUGAUGUUAUCAGGUCAAAUGCUGCUUUUGUGCUACUAUGCUUUUUAUUGGUAAGCCUCAGUCAUCAGAGCUGUUCGACAUUUAAUUUAUUUGAAAAGAGCCAUUAUUUAUGCUCCAGCCAUGUUAACUUGAGAAAUAAGUCUAAUUGUAAACAGACAAAUAGAAUUAGAAGAAAAACACUUUUUUUUUCCAAGGUUGUCUUUAACCAAUAACUAACUUUUGCAAUAUACUAAGUUGUCUAAAAUCUGUAGAACAAUUAAUAGAAACUUGGCUCACUUGUAGUGAAAGUAGCGAGAGAAGAAGUGUGUCACUACAGUUGACUGACUACCUGUGGAACUGAAUAGAUGUCAGGAUGUUUGUCUACGUUAAGCAUGUAUCAGACAGUCUUAAGCUCUUGUUAUUGUUGGACAUCCUACUGCUCUUAAACUAAUGUAGCUUUCUGGGUUGAAUGUUUUUUCUUUCUUUCUUUUUUUCCCCCAAAAAAACAAUUUUCAUUGUAUAGUGUAAAUCUUAAGAUGAUUUAAAAACUUUGUUUAAAAAGUAUGUUCUUUUUCUUUUACGCAGUUCCACUGCUUAUUUCCUCUUUGGAUGUUUGUUUUUCUUUCUUGCUUAUCCUGUAGGCUUUUAAAAUCUGAUUUGCAUACCAGACAUUUACAUUUGAAGAUUUGCAUCUUCACUUGAGCAGAGAUGCUUUUAAUAUAAUAUACACUCAUGGACAGGAGGAGCAAUAGACGUUAGAAUAUAUUUUUUCACAUACACAUGGCUAUGUACUAUUUCGAAGGAGAACAGUAAGCAGGGUUUGGAUAACGGAACACUGCUAUACAAUUGUUUUUUUGUUUUUUUUUCAAUACUUGUAAUUAUAAAUAGAUGUUUAUACUAAGGAAUAUAUUUUAUAAUCAGAUGUAUUUUGGUGUCAUACGGGGGGGUUAAUGUAUAGUACAUGCAAGAUUUUCACCAAGGCCAUGUGCAAUGCAGUUAACACACUGAAGGACAAAUAUUUUUUGACAAUCUUUUUGGGGUCUUUCAACUCGCUCAUCAAAAACUGUUUGCAAAUAAACUCAA